AUGCCGGAUUUUAGGGUCCUGCGUGGAUGUGGGCUCGGAGGGCUGGAGAGACAGAAGUUCACGGCCAAGUUCCCAGGCUGUGGAGAGCGAGGCUGCCCCUGGCUGUCCUGUGCCGACCUGCCUGUCACCGAGAAGGAGGUCCAGCAGUGGUACAAGGGCUUCAUCAAGGACUGCCCCAGCGGGCAGCUGGACUCAGCGGGCUUCCAGAAGAUCUACAAGCAGUUCUUCCCGUUCGGAGACCCCACCAAGUUCGCCACGUUCGUUUUCAACGUCUUUGAUGAAAACAAGGAUGGACGGAUCGAGUUCUCUGAGUUCAUCCAGGCGCUGUCGGUGACCUCGAGGGGGACCCUGGACGAGAAGCUGCGGUGGGCCUUCAAGCUCUACGACCUGGAUAACGACGGCUACAUCACCAGGACCGAGAUGCUGGACAUAGUGGACGCCAUUUACCAGAUGGUGGGGAACACCGUGGAGCUUCCCGAGGAGGAGAACACCCCCGAGAAGAGGGUGGACCGGAUCUUCGCCAUGAUGGACAAGAACGCCGACGGGAAGCUGACGCUGCAGGAGUUCCAGGAGGGGUCCAAGGCCGACCCCUCCAUCGUGCAGGCGCUGUCCCUCUACGAUGGGCUGGUAUAGUCCACGCCCAGAGCUGGGAUGCCUGGGAAACUUGCCUCCUCCCGUGCCAUGAGCCGCCUCAGCCCCGGCCCCGACGCCGCCCUCCUGUGUCCACCUUGCUAUUCUCCACGGGGCUGCCCCUGAACAGCGAGGCCCGGCUCUCCCCUCCUCCCGCCAACUCCCCCCUUCCCCCGCCUGCUGCACCCACCGCCGCCUGAAGCCACCGGCUCCAAUCGCCCACAGCCUCUGCUUGUCCAGAAAACACCAUGAGACGGCAAAGGCUCCAGCCGUCUGCGAAGCCCAGGACGCAGCUGCUUCGCAGGCAGCGCUCCGUCCCCUGCUCUCCCGCGCGUCUGCUUUUGUUUUUUAUUUCAAACAGACAUUGAAAAAGAAAAAAAAACAAAAACACC